AUGACCCAUAUUCGAUUCUGCCUUAGGAUUUUUAUCGCUACCAUAUUGAUACUUAUCGGCGGACUAAAUAAAAGCGGAUGUAGUUCUGCACUAAACACAGGUCACACUGAGACUGAUGAAUCAGGGCCUGCAUUUUUGGCACAACUAAGCAAUAUUACUGUGUCUCAAGGUCGAGACAUAUCCUUUACAUGCGUGGUGGAUAACUUAGGACAAUAUCGGGUGGCUUGGAUUAAGUCCGAUUCAAAAGCAAUACUCGGCAUACACACCCAUAUGGUCUCACUAAAUCCAAGAUUAUCAGUGACACACAACGGUCACAACACCUGGAAACUUCACAUAUCCCACGUCCAGCUAAAUGACUCCGGCAGCUACAUGUGCCAAGUAAAUACGGAUCCCAUGAAAAGUCAGUCGGGUUUUUUAAAUGUUGUAGUGCCACCAGAUAUUUUAAACCAACCUGAUCAGAACGCUGAGGAAGGAGUAAGCACUGAGGGUGGUGGUAUUAUACUUAUCUGCAAUGCUACUGGUGUCCCAAAACCAACCGUGCAGUGGCGACGUGAAGGUGGGAAGGACAUUAUACUUCGAUCCGAGUCCAGAGAAAAACAAGCGGUAAAAUCUGUGGAGGGUGAGCGUCUGGCACUAACAAAUAUUCAAAGGACUGACAUGGGAGGCUACUUGUGCAUUGCUUCAAAUGGAAUACCCCCCUCAGUCAGCAAACGCUUUGACGUUCAUGUUAAUUUUUCUCCGACAAUAAAAGCAGUGAACCAAUUGGUAGGUGCACCUAUUGAUAGGGAAGUUACUUUGGAAUGCAUUGUGGAAGUCUAUCCAAAGCCAUUAAAUGGUUGGUACCGAAAUGAAGGAAACAUGAAAUUACACAAUGGCAUUAAAUAUAACAUUUCAGAAGCUAUGAUAAAUUUAUAUAUGUGGCAACUCAACCUAACUAUACGUAAUCUUACUAAAACAGACUUUGGAGCGUACAGCUGCUUAAGUGUAAAUGCCCUUGGAAAGAGUGAAACGCGAAUCCGACUUCAAGAGCUACGUUUACCACCCAAGUCGACAACAACACCCAUACCUCACGUACAUACAACAACUAAGCCGCGACGGAAGCAGCAGCCGAGCCACAGCAAGGGACUUAACGAGGUGGUGCGUGCCAAAGAGACCCAUUUCUCAAAUCAAAUGCAGCAAGAAAACGAUGUAUUUGUGGGUACUGGUGGUGAAUUUGUUGGGGCCCCAAAUAGCAACGGAGGCGCAAUUGGUGGUGUUGCGGCAAGUGGAAACAUUAACGGCAUGAUAAACGGAGCGGAAGUGAAUAAACAAAUAACAAAUCGUAAAGAAUAUGUAAAUACAAAAGUAUCGCCUGGACACACUGUUUCAUCACCGCAUACUCCUUGGGAUUUUGGAAACGCGGCAGGAUUAAAGGUGUUUUCAAAAAACACCAAAACCACAUAUGCCAUGAUGGUUUUAUUUUGUUCAGUAUCAAUAUAUAUUGUUAAGAUCAUUUAAAACUAUGCAUCCGAUGAUUCAUCAGCUCCUCGUAAAUCGCUACCAUCAGUGCUGUCACCUCUUUUCUCCAAUUCGGUUGGUGGGAUAAUAAGCCAAAAAGUCUACAUAUCUUGUCAUAAUCUUAACAGUUUUUUAGUUCCCAAAGGAAGUGAGCGACAAUAAUAGAUUAUAGGAAACUGAAUAGUAUAUUUUCCACACAUAUACACAUUUAAAAUUCAACUGGACAUUUGUGCGGUCGGCCAUCAUUGGAACAGUCAUAUAUAUUUAAA